CUGGGUCCCUCGGAACUAUGACGGUGACCUCGGUCCUGCGGGCGCUGCUAUUGUUGCGGUUGCUCUUGGCGGGCAGCGGGGGCGGCGGAGCAGGUGUUAAUUUUCGUUUUGCUUCUUAUAUUGGUGAUCACAUGGUGUUGCAGAAAGAACCAGUUGGAGCUGUGGUCUGGGGUUAUGGAAAAAUUGGAGGCAUUGUGAUGGUGACUCUGCACCAAGCUCAGGAAACCAUCAUGAAAAAGGUAGCCUAUGUGAAAGAACAGUCUGGGACCUGGAUCGUGGUAUUGGAUCCUAUGAAGCCUGGUGGACCUUAUAAUAUGACGGCAGAGCAAAUCAUUAAGAAGGAGAGAUACAGCCAGACAAUACAUGAUGUCUUAUUUGGAGAUGUUUGGCUAUGCAGCGGGCAAAGUAACAUGGAGAUGUCAGUUUCUCAGAUUUUUAAUGCUUCCGAGGAGGAGGCGAAGGCCUUUUCCUAUCCAUUUAUCCGCAUCUUUACAGUUGGUCUUGUCAAGGCAAAGGAGGAGCUAGAGGAUCUUACUUCAAUUGAUUUGCCAUGGUCUCUGCCUAGCCCUCAAAACCUGGGCCAUGGGAAUUUUACUUAUUACUCAGCAGUAUGCUGGCUGUUUGGGCGCUAUCUGUCUGACAUCCUGAAGUAUCCUAUUGGGCUGGUCUCCUCCAGUUGGGGUGGAACACCUAUAGAAGCUUGGUCAUCUUGGCGGUCACUGCAAGCCUGUGGAAUCUCAAACAAAGCGAAACAGUUUCCUUUCUUCAGUCUAUAUUCUGGCCCCACUGACCAUUCUGUACUUUGGAAUUCAAUGAUUCAUCCAUUACUCAACAUGACAUUAAAAGGAGUGAUAUGGUACCAGGGAGAGAAUAAUGCAUACUAUAACAAUGAUCUAUACAAUUGCACCUUUCCUGCUUUCAUUGAAGACUGGCGCCAGGCUUUUCAUUAUGGCUCUCAAGGACAGACACAGCGGCUUUUCCCUUUUGGGUUUGUGCAAUUAUCUACAACUAUGUCUAAAGAUGAGGAUUAUGCAUUCCCUAGAAUUCGUUGGCACCAAACAGCUGAUCUUGGCUAUGUUCCCAAUGUGAAGAUGCCCAAUACCUUCAUGGCUGUGGCAAUGGACCUGUGUGACAGAGAUUCUCCUUUUGGAAGCAUUCAUCCUAGAGAUAAACAGACUGUGGCCUACAGACUGCAUUUGGGAGCCCGUGCCAUAGCUUAUGGAGAGAUGCUUCCUUUUCAGGGACCACUGCCUGAAAAGAUAGAACUUUUAGCUGACAAAGAACUUCUCAAAAUUGAAUACCACCAGAAAAUCCAGGUGCAGAAGGAGGAUGACAAGAUUUAUGAGAUCUCAUGCUGCAAUGACCAUCAGUGUAAGUGGAUUCCAGCCCCAAUGGGCAACUCCUCUUCCCAAACUCUAGCCCUUAAAGUUGAUUCCUGUCAUGGCAUUGUGACUGCUCUCCGCUAUGCCUGGAGUACAUGGCCAUGUGAAUACAAACGGUGCCCCAUUUAUAAUCCUAGCAGUACUUUGCCAGCCCCACCAUUCAUCACAGUCAUUCCAAGUUAAGAUUCCUAGUUGCAAAAAUUUUGAGAAGGAAUGAGAAAAAAAAAUAACUGAAUUAGGCUAAGAUUUCAUUUCAGUUUAGCUCUGAUUAGAUCCUGGAUGAAAUGCUCAUGUCUUAAAUUCUGGGCUGGUUUUCUAUAACUAGUCAUGGGUGGAACCUUUAAGAAGCUAGCUAGAGGGAUAGCUAAGUGAUAUGGUGGACUGAGCACUGGCCUUGGAUAAAGUUCAAAUCUAGCCUCAGACACUUACUAGCUGUGUAAAUUUAGGCAAAUGACUUAAUCCUGACUGCCUUAAAAAAAAAAAAGCCAGCCAGAACCGAGCAGAUUUAAUAUUUUAGAUAGAAAAAUAUCACUAGCUUUGAUGCUUUCUUGUGGAAAUUCUUUACAUUCACACUGUGAGAAAUAGUUUGGGAUAUAUUGUUCUAAAUUUAAAAUUUAAAUGCUGUAGGAAAGCCCAAUAUUUAAGAAGGACUUUUUACUUUAAAAACAUUUAAAGUGAAAUUAUCAUCUAUUUUACCCAUCUCCAAGUUUUGUUCUUUUGUACAAUGUUUCCAACAUUGUCCUUCCAAGGGAAGGCAAACAUUUAAGAUGAUUAAGCAAUAUAAAAAUAAAAUUAUUUUCAUUA